GCUCGUUAUUAACAGGCCAAUGAAACAGCCGCUGCAAAGGUGACAUUUAGCUGUCUGCUCACCGCAGUUCAUCGGAUCCAAACUAAUUGUAAAAAGACAGUGGUAACACAAAAAUAAGUAUGUCUUCUCUUGGGAGGACGGCGGGUGUCCUCCGAACUGGCCUGCAGCUCUUCAGACGCGGACCUCAGCGGAUGACCGUCAGAAAGGCAGGAGGAGGCCCUCAUAUUGAACCCCAAUACAGACAACCUCCUCAGCUCACCAAGCACCAGAAGUUUCAAGCAGAGCUGCUCAGCGGUGCCAUGUGGUUUUGGAUCCUUUGGCACGUCUGGCACGACCCGGAUGCCGUACUGGGUCACUUCCCAUGGCCGGAUACUUCAGCAUGGACAGAUGAGGAGCUGGGAAUCCCACCUGAUGAUGAAGAGUAGAUUAGCCCUCAACGUGCACCAGAUCGCAAAACCCGUGCAUUUUCUCUAAAGGAAACUGAAGGUUCCUGUUAAGUGUAUGGACUUAUUAUCAAGUCCAAUUGUAAAAGUUGCAUUAUGAAAUAUAAAUAAAUAAAUAAAAGACAUCGACGCUUGAAUUUUGUCAGUAGAACAGUGUUUAUCACUUAACAUUUGGUAAAGGGAAAGGGGAAAACAGUGUGAUCUACAAAACAUUUCCCUCAUCUUAUAUAUACAUUGCAUUUUGAGAAAAUCCAUCACAUCCAAAACUUUCAAAGAGAACUCUGGGGAAAUUUUUUGAAGAGGAGCAACAGAACACAGCAUUUGAAAACACAGUGACAUUAAGUCUAUACCACAGUCGAAAAUGGAAAUGAAUGCUAGAGAUUAAUAAAUACUGUACAAUUAAUGCGUCUGAAGACAAGCUUGAUUUACCAAAGCUGAAAUUUUCAAAGGGUGCUCGUCUAUUUUAAGGUUAGUGAGUGAGAACAGAGGAACAUUUUGUCAUAAGACACAUGCGCAAAACUCAAAACUGUAACAAAGCCUGAGUUUUAGCAGUUUUCCAACUCAGUCAUCCAAAAUAGUGCAUUUCUUGAACCUACAGUUACACAACAGUCAAGAAUAGCUGAUCAAAAUCUGUUCUCACAAACUCAAGAUUAUUUUUUUAUAUACUUUACAUCGGGACACUUUUGUUCUGAAUCUCGGAUUACGUCAACCAGACCAAAAAAAGAAA